CGCACGUCGUACGUACCAACGUACUACCAACGAACCUUUACAUUGCUUUUGGUUCCCGUGUCGGCAUCUUACCAUCCCAGGCCGAACCACAGCCCUGGGGGCUGUCCAAGAACGUCAUACGUUGUCUGCUGUUCGUCGUCCUUGACUCUCUCGUCUCUCAGCUCUUUGGAAUACGUCAAUUAAAAUUGCCAUCCAAGAUCACCAGACAUCGAGCAAACGUUGCAAGGCUGAUUGAAGGCAAGAGAGGCUUCAUUCGUCGGGUAGCUUCAUAUUUCUUAAGUUAUAAUCAGUCUCUCAUUCGUCUCUGUCCAUUUCAAUCUCUACCGCUCACACCAUGCUCAAGUCAGCUCUAAGUGGAAUAGCUAGGCGUUCCUUCUCUACGUCAAAAUGGGCCGCAGCACAGCAGAUGACAGUGAGAGAUGCAUUGAACUCGGCAUUAGACGAGGAAAUGGAAAGAGAUGACAGAGUUUUUUUACUCGGCGAAGAAGUUGCCAUGUACGACGGAGCCUAUAAAGUCUCCAGGGGACUUUGGAAAAAGUAUGGAGACAAGAGAGUCAUCGACACGCCCAUCACGGAAAUAGGGUUUGCUGGAGUUGCGGUCGGAGCUGCAAUGGCUGGCCUCAGACCGAUCUGCGAGUUCAUGACAUUCAAUUUCUCUAUGCAAGCCAUAGACCAUGUGAUCAAUUCUGCCGCAAAGACAUUCUAUAUGUCGGCAGGACAGGUAAAUGUGCCAAUAGUAUUCAGAGGCCCAAAUGGCGCUGCUGCUGGCGUGGCUGCACAGCAUUCUCAGUGCUAUGGAGCCUGGUACAGCCAUUGUCCAGGACUGAAGGUAGUUUCUCCUUACAAUAGCGAAGAUGCUAAAGGAUUGUUGAAGGCUGCUAUCAGAGAUCCUGACCCAGUUGUUGUUUUGGAGAACGAAUUGCUCUACGGUGUUCAAUAUCCUAUGUCCGAUGAGGCUUUGUCAAAAGACUUUGUCUUGCCGAUUGGAAAAGCGAAAAUCGAGCGGUCUGGAAACCACGUUACCAUCGUAGCACAUUCUAUGGCUGUUCAAAAUGCUCUCGAAGGAGCUAAUGAGCUUGCCGCAAAAGGCAUUGAGGCCGAAGUAAUCAAUCUUCGAUCUUUGAGGCCAUUGGACAUCGAUACUGUCAUACAAUCAGUGAUUAAGACUCACCAUUUGAUCACCGUCGAACAGGGAUGGCCACAUUGUGGAAUCGGCGCGGAAGUAGCGGCAAGAAUUAUGGAGAGUGAAGCCUUUUACCACCUCGACGCGCCAGUGAUCCGUCUAGCAGCAGUAGACUGUCCGCUGCCAUACGCUAAGACAUUGGAGGCAGCUUCUCUUCCUCAGACAUCGGAUGUGGUAAACGUAGUGAACAAAAUGCUAGGUGUAUCCCAGUAACGUCUGUCACCUACCUAGGUCCUCUAGUUACGUAUCGUCGUUCCUCCUUUCAGAAAAUCGAAAAAGGAAUUCAAUAUUACUCAAAAACAUAAAAUAGAUCGCAAACAAACCUUCCUGUUACUUGCCACGAUCGAAAAGUAGAAAACCAGUGCACGGUACAAUAAUCCAUUCUAAGUUUUGCGCAAUAAUUACACCCAUACGCUAGCGAGUACAAGACACGAAUCUAUGUUACCGAUAUACGUUUCCUUAUAAGCUGGUCUAUAAGGCUGACUCACCCCCCAAUGAAAAGAAGAACAACAAAAAAGACACUCGAUUACUAUCAAUAAUAUUGUCACUCUUGUUACUAUCCUGGUACUACUACUACUACUAGUAGCCGAACCAAUGCGAACUUAUGUUGUUGAUAGUUAUAAACGAACUAUAUAUUAUAGUAGACAUUGUAUAUACUUGAAAAUUAGUGAAUUGUUAGAUGACAAAAAAGGAUAUAUAUAUAUAUAUAUAUAUAUAUAUAGUAGGUAUAUUGUAAGAGAACGGAGUAUCAAAAUUAAUUGAUUUUCAAUUGGAUUGAUGGCCAAUGGGGUUGUGUGCGAUAAAUCGGACUCUCGGCUUGUAUCGUUAUCGUUUGGAAAUGGUUUGAAGGAAAAGAAGGCCUAGCUAUCCAACAACUUGCAAUCGUGUUAUUCUCUGUAACUUCGUACAUGGAGGAUGAGUUUUAUUUAAUACUUUCACAAGGAGCGAUUUUUAACGACAAAUAAAAUUGGGAGUGAAGACUUUUUUCUGUGAUACUCCGUACAGUUUGCUUUGAUAAUAAUAUGUGUUCGGAAGUGGCUGAUGGCUGCUCCGAGGCAGCUGGCCAUAAUCUAAGAUUUGGAACGGAACUCAGAAAAGAUAUUUUAUUGUAGGUAUGUGGCGCAAAUCUAAUAUUUAUUUAAAAUACCCCCUCCCCUCUUGCCCCUCAAAUAACUGAAUAAAUAAAUUUUCAAAAAAAUACAAAACCACAA